AUGGAGACAAUUACCCAGACCCUAUUGCAAGGAAUAAUGUUGAUCCUGAUACCUAUGACUAACGGCGGACUGGGACCCCCAAUAAACAAGCAAGAGUUACUUUUGGAGCUGUUUGGAAACCCUUGCGACUGCAGAGGAGGUAACAGUGGGGUGAUUCCCACUUCUUACACCCGGAUAGCCAAUUGUGGCAGCAGUACAGCCUUUUUAAUUUAUAAGAGACAAACAGGGGGAGGAUACGAACAAAGCUGGAAAUGUGUUGGGAAGCCCAAAAUCAUACCUAUGGUUAAUGGCGAACCAGGGCCCUGCCCCAGCGAUUGUCAAAAGGCCAUAGAGCUACACUCUACCUGUUAUAACAGUGUCCAGCAGUGUUCUCACACAGAUGGCAAAAUAUACCUAACGGCCGUCUUACAAAGAACUUAUAGUGGUUCCUUUGGAGGCAAGUAUGAUUAUAGCCACCCUCUGGGGCACUCUAAAUAUGCCCAAGCCUCCUGCCGCGGCAAGGUCGGCAAAGAUAUUUGCUGGCCACCACAAGCACCGAUCCACGUGUCUGAUGGCGGUGGACCAACAGACAGGGUAAGGGAAGCCAUGGUUCAGAAACAGAUUGAAGAAAUUAUCAAGCGCAUGUAUCCUCCCCUACAAUACCACCCUUUGGCUCUGCCCAAAUCUCGGGGCAUAGAUCUUGACACCCAAACCUCCAACAUCUUGGAGGCUACACUCAGAGCUCUGAAUGUUACCAACCCAACCCUUGCGGGGGACUGCUGGUUGUGUAUGACCCUUGGUACACCCAUGCCCCUUGCCAUCCCAGCAAAUACUACCAAUGUACAACCUAAGGGGAACUGUAGUGUUGGCUUGCCUUUUAGGAUCCAACCUAUAGGACUUAAUACAUCCCUGCGCUUACAAAGCCACCCCCAAAAUGAUAACUAUGAUUUAGACGUAGGAUUCACUACUUUUACAAAUUGCUCCUCUAUUGUCAACUAUACCUCAUCUCUCUGUCCCGCUCCCGGGCAAGUGUUUGUGUGCGGAGGAAACAUGGCCUUCACUGCCCUACCUACAAACUGGACGGGGCUAUGCGUACAGGCCAUUGUUCUCCCUGAUAUUGAUAUUAUUCCGGGGAACGAGCCUAUUCCCCUACCCAGCCUUGACUACAUUGCUGGACGCAGUAAGCGAGCUAUCCAGCUCAUCCCCUUACUUGUAGGUCUAGGGGUCUCUGGAGCUAUGGCUUUUGGCACAGCAGGUCUAGGGGUAGCAAUGCAUUCCUAUACAAAAUUAUCGAACCAAUUGAUCGACGACGUCCAAGCUCUCUCUGGUACCAUUAAUGAUCUCCAGGACCAGAUUGAUUCACUGGCUGAGGUUGUCCUACAAAACAGAAGGGGGUUAGUUACAGCAGAACAGGGAGGAAUAUGCUUAGCCCUACAGGAACGCUGUUGCUUCUAUGCCAACAAAUCCGGAAUCGUCCGAGACAAGAUAAAGAAAUUACAAGAAGACCUGGUGAAAAGGCGAAAGGAGCUGUUCGAAAACCCUCUUUGGAGUGGGCUGAAUGGAUUCCUCCCAUAUCUCCUUCCCUUAUUAGGACCCCUGCUCGGCCUAUUGAUCCUACUAUCGCUAGGUCCUUUCUUAUUCAACAAACUCAUGGCAUUUCUUAAGCAACAAAUAGAAGCCAUCCAAAUGAAACCCAUACAGGUCCAUUACCACAAACUUGAAAUGGCCGACAGGGACGCGUAUAUGGGAACUUACUCAGACGCUGUCUGA